AUGGCCUCCCUCUCGGAGCUCACCUGCACCUACUUGACCCUCAUCGUGCAUGGCUGUGAGGUGAUGGUCACAGAGGCCAAGAUCAAUGCCCUCAUUAAGGCAGCAGGUGUAAAUGUUGAACCUUUCUGGCCAGGCUUGCUUGCAAAGGCCCUGGCCAGUAUCAACACUGGCCUCAUCCUCAAUGUAGGGGCUGGUCGACCUGCCCCAGCAGCUGAUGCUGCACCAGCAAAAGGUCCUGCUCCUUCCACCAGGGCUGCCCCGCCGCCACCUGAGAAGAAAGUGGAAGCAAAGAAAGAAGAAUCAGAGGAGUCUGAUGAUGACAUAUGCUUUGGUUUCUCUGACCAAGCCUCUUCUGUGGAAAGCUCUCAGUUUUUCCCCAUUGAGGAAGAUAUUAGUGUUGGUUCCUUUAUAUAUCGCUUUUAUGAUCUUGAGAACAAGAGAGAAGGUCAAGCAGAUAUUGGCCUUUUUGGGGGAAUGUUCAGUGCAGACCAACUCGGUAGUGGACAUGCAGCGGGUGUUCAAGAAGCUCAGGUUCCUGAGGGAAUAAUUCAUUACAGUGUGGAAGGCACGACUGACUGUUACUAUGAGUGUGUUUCCCAGGAGAGUUGUCAGGUAAAUAACCAAGAAGACCAGGAAGAACACGCCCUGUAG